AUGAUUUACUCCCAGGGCUUCAACUUCAACUCCUACGUCGAGAAAGGCGUCGACCCUCGCACCGGCCAAUACAACUGCACCAUUUCCCUGUAUGAAGUGCCGGCUGGGGUCCGCAACAGCCCCCCAUUGAACUUGUCCCUCCAUUUCAACCCCCUGGGAGGGGACGAUGUCGGCCUGGGACGGGGCUGGUCGUUUGGGGGGCUCUCCUCCUAUGACCCGCCGUCCCGAACCCUAAUUCUGUCGACGGGGGAGAACUACAAGGUCCAGGAAAGCACCAGCUCCGUACGGGUGACGGACCAGAAGCUCCAGAGCUUCCACUUCCACAAGACGAACACCACCAGCUACCGCGUGACCCUCAAGUCCGGCCAAGUGGAAGUGCUCUCCAACUUCAACCAUCGGAGCUCGGUUCUGACAGAGAUUGUCUACAACGACAGCGCGCAGAUUACGACCAUCACCCGCGGACCAGGCACCGCCGAGACCGCAACGUUCACGCUGCUGCGCCGGAACGGCCAACUGGCGGAGCUGCGCCUGCCACUGGAGGGCUCGCCAAGUUCGCCGACUUCGGAGGGCUCGUCGAGUCCGCCGUCCUGGAAAUUCACAUACGAGACAGCGGGCUUGACGACUGUCACCAGCCCGACGGGGGCCACCGAGACGAUUGCCUACCGGGCGGCGGGAUUCCGCCUGCCCAGCGGAGCGCCGGUCUCGGCCAUCCCGCACGUGAUCUCGCACACGGCGAGGCCCUUCCAGGACCAACCCGCCAUCCAGACCUCCUACUCUUACUCCGACCACAACUUCCUGGGCUUCGGUGGAGGGAGGACCUGGUCCAGCGACGGGGACAAUCUGUACCUGACUCCCGCCAACUAUGAGUAUACCUCCACCGUGCAGGUCGUGGGCGGACCCACCACCCGCCAUGUGUCCAACAAGUUCCAUCUGCAGCUCAGCAUCCACCAGCAGAAGGGCGUCAAGCAGCUCAUCCAGACCACCACCUACUAUGCCCGCAGCAAUACGGCCUUCGAGGGCCAGCCUGCCCACGAAACCCCGCCGAGUGGCGUCACCACCGCCCGUGAAUACUAUCCUGCCGUCAGCGAGGUGGCCUCUGGAGAGGGUCAGGUCCUCUGCCCGCCCGAUCCCCACGGAUUCCAGCGCCAUGUCAAGCGGGAGACCGUGAUCCCGGCGGCCAGUGGCUUUCCAACCCCCACCCGCGCCCAUAGCUACACAUAUCUCAGGCUCCCCACGGCCACCGCGGCUCCAACCGCCUAUUUCGUGGCCAGUGCCCAACGGCAGACCCGCGAGGAGGGCCAAACCCUCGCGACCACGGAAUACACCUAUGUGAACGAGCCCGAGUCCGCCGAUCAUGGCCGACGACAGCAGCAGGUCACCCGCCUGUUCAACCAGCAUCCGACGAUAUAUGACUUGAAGUACCGUCAUUCGGGCUCGACGGCGUUGACCGAGACUAUUACCACCACCACCUUCGACGGCCAGACUACGCAGGAGGAAACCACCACCUCCCUCAUCUCCGGAUGGACCCUCGCAAUCAAGAACCGGGCCGGCACCGAGACCACCCAUCAGCACGAUGUGAUCGGUCGGGUCACCCAGACCGUCACUGCCCCCGGCACCGUCUUCGAGGCCCGAAAGCAGCACGAAUACGCGGUCCUCGAGAACGCCGUCGGGUGGCAAGUCACCGUGACCGACAGCAAGGGCGUGCGGACGCGAUACGUCACCGAUGGCAUGGAUCGCGUGGUCCGCGUGGAGUCCCAGGACGACGACGGCGUCUGGGAUCAUAGCCAGGGGUAUACCGGGACAUUCCGCCCCGUGCAGGAGCGCCGGUACAACGCCCUCGGCCAAUGCAUCGAAGAGGUCGACAUCGACUGGCUGCGAGGGGCCAGCGGCCCGCCCGUGAGCCUGCGCACGACGCGCGCCCUCGAGUACGAUGACCGGGGCGAGGUCUACCAGGUCACGCGGAACGGCGGCGCGGCGCACCUCUCCGUGACAGACCCCAUUGCCUUGACCCAGACCGUGGGGAACGAGGGCGAAGGCCACGUGCGGGUCCAACUCAACGCGUUCCAGACCCCGAUCUCCGAGGCCCUCGUGCGGCGCGACGGCACCGUCGAGAGUGCCGUCGAAUAUGCCUACGAUGGACUGGGACGCCGCCGCCAGAUGACGGAUGGCUUGGGCCGUGCCGCACACUACACCUACGAUAGCUUCGACCGCGUGGUCCAGACCACAUGGCCCGAUGGCCACGCGAUCCGGACCCAGUACGCGCCUGAGAGCCCCGCAGCCUUGCCGGUAGCCAUCGAUCUGCAGGGCGCCCCCUCGGGCUUCGGCACGCAGUGCUUCGACGGCUUGGAGCGGCCGCUCCGCACCACCGUUGGCGGCCGCACCACCACCAACAGCUAUCAGGGCGUCGCCCCCGUCCCGGCCCAGGUCAUCACGCCGACGGGCGGGCGCUCCGAGCGCACGUACGAGCCGGCACUGGACUAUGCGUUGACCGGCCGGGUCACCAGCGAUGGCGCCGACUGGUACGAGCACGACCCGCAAACCGGCCAUGUCGUGCAGCUGGAGGGCGCGCUCGCCGCCGCCCGCCUCAGCUACUACCCCUCCAACCUGCUGUCCACGGAGACGAUCCAGACCGCGGGCGGGACUCGCGCCUUGGAGUACGUGUACUCGCAGGCGGGCAAGCUGCAGAAGUACACUGACGUGCACGGGACCCAGCACGCGAUCCAGUACGACGCGCACGGCCGGCGGCAAGAGAUCCAGGUCGGACCGGUCAAGGCGCGGUUCAGCUACGACCAGGCCGACCGCGUCGUCACGACGGUGGCCGAGGACAGUCGGCAGGGGGUGACCCUGACGACCGACAUCGAGUAUGACGAGUUCGGCCGCGAGUUUCGCCGGCAAGUCGAGACGGGGGCGACGCUCCUGUUCCAGACCACGCAGGCUUACGGGGCCACGGGGCUGGUCGCCGCCCGCGAGCGACGCGAUGCCACCGGCACGCUGCUGCGGCAGGAGACCUUCGCGUACGACAGUCUUUGCCGAUUAGUGGACUACCAGUGCCGGGGCACGCAGCCGCCGGUCGACGAGCACGGCCGCGCCCUCCGCCGGCAGCGCUUCACGCUCACCGACUACAACAGUAUCGCCCGGAUCCAGACCACGUUCGCGGACGGCAGCGCGAACACGCAGACCUACACGUACAGUGCGCAGGACCCAACCCAGCUGGUCCGCAUCUCCAACACACACCCCGACGAAGCAGCGGCGCGGGCCGUCACCCUCGAGUACGACGCGAACGGGUGUAUAACGCGCGACGAGCACGGCCGGGCAUUGGUCUACAAUGCCUCGCGGUUCCUGACCGCGGUGUAUGAUAGCCAGAACCAGCUCCUCUGCGAGUACGGGUACGACGCCACGGACCGGCUGGUCCGGCAGUCGAUUCCCCACGAGCCGGACACCGAGUUCUCGUACCGCGGCGGCGCGUUGAUCGCUCAGCAGGAGGAGGAUGAGGAGGAGGGAAGCGCGACGAAAACCCAGCUGUGGGCUUCCGACGCGCAGCACUCGGUGGGCACCUGGCUGGAUACGCGGGACGUCCAGCAAGUCCACGAGCAAGCGUACCCGCCGUACGGCGUCAGCGCCAGCGCCAGCAGCACACCGACGACGACGACGACCAUCGGCUUCAACGGCCAGUGGCGCGACCCGGUGACCGGGUGGUACCAUCUGGGGACGGGCUACCGGGGGUACAACCCCCGCCUGGGGAUCUUCCUGCAGCCGGACGGGUGGAGCCCGUUCAGCUCGGGGGAGAUCAACCCGUACGCGUACUGCCUGGGGGACCCGAUCCACCGGUCCGACGCGAGCGGGCACUUCAGCUGGCGCAGCUUCUUCCAGAUCCUGGCGGGCGUGAGCGUGGCCAUCGGCCUCGCCGUCCUCACCGGCGGGACGGGGUUGGCGGCGGGCAUGGCGAUCGGGGCCGCCGUGAACAUGGGCGUCGGGGUGGCCUACGACCUGGCCACGAACCUCACAUUACUUACAAGCCCAGUGAUGCGGACAGUCAGCCUGGCAUAA